GAUUCCCUCCUUUCCCCUUUCUUUCUUUACUCCACGAGUACAAGAGAACAGUGUGUAUCCUCUUCUUCCUCCUCCUCCUCCGUUGUUUCUUUUUCUCUGGAUUAUAUGAUACCACUACGUACUGUUGCUUCGAAUCAAUCUGGAUCUUCUUCUUCUAUAAACUACUUUAUAAUUUCUACUCCGCCUUUUAUCUCCCACUAAUUUCUGUGGUUUUGUUUCUCAUUGAAUUAAAAGAGAAAAUGGGGAGGUGGUUAUCCGAUGGUAUUUUUAUGUGGGUAGUUUUCCUGAUUUCAAAUGUAUUGAUGUGUGGAGUAGUGAGUGGGAUUGGUGCAAACUGGGGCACACAGGCAAGCCACCCUCUACCCCCAGAUAGGGUGGUGAGCCUGCUGAGACAAAAUGGUAUUCAAAAGGUUAAGCUCUUUGACGCGGAUUAUGACACUCUGAGAGCUUUGGGUAAGUCCGGAAUUGAGGUCAUGGUGGGUAUUCCUAAUGAUAUGCUGGCAUCUCUAGCCUCCAGUUUUAAGGCAGCUGAGAAAUGGGUCUCCCAAAAUGUCUCAGCACACAUCUCCUCCAAUAGUGUUAAGAUCAGGUAUGUUGCAGUUGGAAAUGAACCUUUCUUGGAAACAUAUAAUGGUAGCUUCCUCAGGACAAUCUUCCCUGCUUUGCAGAAUGUUCAGUCAGCCCUCAUAAAAGCUGGGAUUAGUAACCAAGUAAAGGUGACAGUUCCCCAAAAUGCUGACGUCUAUAAUAGUUCCAAUGGCCUUCCAUCUGGUGGUGACUUUCGAACUGAGAUCCAUGGUCUAAUGCUUCAAAUUAUCAAGUUCUUGAGUGACAAUGCCGCCCCUUUCACAGUGAACAUUUACCCGUUUAUUAGCCUUUAUAUUGAUGCCAAUUUUCCAGUUGAUUAUGCAUUCUUCGAUGGCAAUGCAUCCCCUGUUUCAGAUGGCAGUUUAACCUACUACAAUAUGUUUGAUGCGAAUUAUGACACUCUAGCAUGGGCCCUGCAGAAGAAUGGUUUUGGAAACUUACCGAUCAUAGUUGGAGAAAUUGGAUGGCCAACUGAUGGAGACCCUAAUGCUAAUCUAGUUUAUGCUCAGAAGUUCAACCAAGGUUUCAUGUCCCACAUUUUGAGCGGGAGAGGAACUCCAAUGAGACCAGGGCCAAUUGAUGCAUAUUUAUUUAGUUUAAUCGAUGAGGAUUCAAAGAGCAUCGAUCCAGGAAAAUUUGAACGACACUGGGGAAUAUUUACUUUUGAUGGAAUACCUAAAUACCAGCUUAAUCUUGGUACAACAAAUUCAGGGUCUGUAGUAGCAGCAAAGGGGGUGCGCUAUUUGGAGCGUAAGUGGUGUGUGAUGAAGCCAUCCGCCAGCCUUGAUGACCCACAAGUGGCACUCAGUGUGAGUUAUGCUUGCGGACUUGCAGAUUGCACAAGCCUUGGUUACGGUACGUCUUGUGGAAACUUGGAUGCCAGAGGAAACAUUUCUUAUGCAUUUAAUAGUUACUAUCAGAGGAACAAUCAACUGGACGUUGCUUGCAAGUUCCCAAACCUCUCAAUGAUCACCAAAACAAAUCCAUCAGUUGGAUCUUGCAGGUUUGAGUUAAUGAUCGAACCAUAUUAUGGAGGUGUAGGCUCAGAAAGGAAGCUCGGAAUCCUCCAAAGGCCUUUGAGCCUGGUUGUGGUUCUUAUUCUCUUUUCGCUAAAUGUAAUGUGAAUUGAUUUAUGCCAGGGCUGCUUUUCUGAUUAUUCAUGAGAAUACUACGUGACACAUUAGCUAGUUAGGGAACCGGCAUUCUAUUCCAUUUCAACACCGGAGGAUAUUAUGUGGCCUAGUGAAAGGUAGCAGUGAUUCAACAUUAUUUGGUUCAAAUUUUGAAAAUUUCAAGGUAAUGUAUAACAGCUUCAAAUUCUGCAAAUUGCAUGGGAUGUAUUCUAGUUAUUGCUUUGUAUUGUAGGAUGUUAAUUUUGAACAGUGUGCUGCUUGGACUUGUGACGAUGCU